GUGCUUCUGAGAGGAGAAAGGAAACCGAAACUCCUGCCUGAUGCAUAAAAGACUGGCUGCGGUGGCCCAGAGCGCCCAGUCCUAGGCCAGGUCUGGGGUAACCUGGAACUUCCACCUGGGCUCUGCGCUAGGUCUCUGUUUUACUCCCUCCCCGCGGGGCGCGCAGCUCGGUCCUGAGUCUGCGGUGAGUAGCCGGUGAUGUCCCUUGGGAAGAGCCUGGGGCGGAGCUGUCUAGCGGGAGUUCUAGGUCUUCCUCAACGGACCGGACAGGACUGCCAUUUUCAUUAAGAACUGCCACUUAGAGUUACCAAAGUAAAGGAUAUUUGCUACCUUUAAUACUUGCCAGUUCAGGUUGGAGGCACAGGCAGCAGCAAGAAUGGAAAGAAAUGUUCUUACAACAUUUUCACAGGAAAUGUUCCAGUUAAUUUUGAAUGAAAUGCCAAAAGCUGAAUAUUCCAGUUUAUUCAAUGAUUUUGUUGAAUCUGAAUUUUUUUUAAUUGAUGGGGAUUCAUUACUUAUCACAUGUAUCUGUGAGAUAUCAUUUAAACCUGGGCAGAACCUCCAUUUCUUCUAUCUGGUUGAACGUUAUCUUGUGGAUCUCAUUAGCAAAGGAGGACAAUUCACCAUCGUUUUCUUCAAGGAUGCCGAGUAUGCGUAUUUCAACUUCCCUGAACUUCUUUCUUUGAGAACUGCUUUAAUUCUUCAUCUUCAGAAGAAUACCACCAUUGAUGUUCGAACAACAUUUUCGAGAUGCUUAUCAGAAGAAUGGGGAAGUUUCUUGGAAGAGAGUUACCCAUAUUUCCUGAUAGUUGCAGAUGAAGGCCUGAACGAGCUACAAACACACCUUUUCAACUUUUUAAUCGUUCAUUCUUGGGCAAGGAAGGUCAACGUUGUACUUUCCUCAGGGCAAGAAUCUGAUGUUCUUCGCCUUUACGCGUACCUUCUUCCAAGCAUGUACAGACACCAGAUUUUUUUCCAGAAGAAUAAACAGAACAUUAAAGAUGCUUAUAUAACCCUGCUUAACCAGUUGGAAAGAUCUAAACUUUCAGCAUUAGCACCUCUUUUUGGAAGUUUAAAAUGGAAUAAUAUUAUGGAAGAGGCACACGAAACUGUAUCUCUGCUUACACAAAUCUGGCCAGAGGGAUCUGACAUUCGGCGUGUCUUUUGUGUUACUUCAUGCUCAUUAUCUUUGAGAAUGUACCAUCGCUUUUUAGGAAACAGAGAGCCCUCCUCUGGUCAGGCAACUAAGAUCCAACAGGUGAACAGUAAUUGCUUAACCCUGCAGGAGAUGGAAGAUUUGUGUAAACUGCAUUGUCUCACUGUGGUUUUUCUACUCCAUCUGCCUCUUUCUCAAAGAGCUUGUGCUAGAGUCAUCACUUCUCAUUGGGCUGAGGACAUGAAGCCUUUAUUACAAAUGAAAAAAUGGUGUGAAUAUUUCAUCUUAAGAAAUAUACAUACUUUUGAACUUUGGAAUCUGAAUUUAAUUCACCUUGCUGACUUAAGUGAUGAGCUUUUGUUGAAGAAUAUUGCUUUUUACUAUGAAAAUGAAAAUGUAAAAGGCCUACAUUUGAGUUUCGGAGAUACCAUUAUGAAAGAUUAUGAAUAUCUCUGGAAUACCGUAUCAAAGUUGGUCCGAGACUUUGAGGUUGGACAGCCAUUUCCUCUGAGAACAACAAAAUUUUGUUUUCUUGAAAAGAAACCAUCACCAGUCAAAGACAGCUCCAAUGAAAUGGUGCCCAAUUUGGGUUUUAUUCCAGUGUCAUCUUUUGUGGUUGAUAAAUUUGCUGGAGAUAUUUUGAAAGAUUUGCCUUUUCUAAAGAGUGAUGAUCCUAUUGUUACUUCACUGGUUAAACAAAAGGAAUUUGAUGAACUUGUGCACUGGCAUUCUCAUAAACCCCUGAGUGAUGAUUAUGACAGGUCCAGGUGUCAGUUUGAUGAAAAAUCUAGAGACCCUCGUGUUCUUAGAUCUGUGCAAAAGUAUCAUGUUUUCCAACGGUUUUAUGGGAAUUCAUUAGAAACAGUCUCUUCAAAAAUCAUCGUGACUCAAACUAUUAGGUCAAAGAAGGAUUUUAGUGGGCCCAAGAGCAAAAAGGCACACGAGACCAAGGCUGAAAUAAUUACUAGAGAGAAUAAGAAAAGGUUAUUUGCCAAGGAAGAACAAAAGGAAGAGCAAAAGUGGAGUGCUUUGUCAUUUUCUAUUGAAGAGCAAAUGAAAGAGAAUUUGCACUCUGGAAUAAAGAACCUGGAAGAAUUUUUGAAAUCCUGUAAAAGUAGCUCUGUGAAACUUAAGGUUGAAAUGGUGGGGUUAACUGCUUGCUUGAAAGCCUGGAAAGAACAUUGCCGAAGUGAAGAAGGUAAAACCAGGAAAGAUUUAAGUAUAGCUGUUCAAAUGAUGAAAAGGAUCCACUCCUUGAUGGAAAAAUACUCAGAGCUUUUACAAGAAGAUGAUCGGCAACUCAUAGCCAGAUGCCUUAAGUAUUUAGGAUUUGAUGAGUUGGCAAGUUCUUUACAUGCAACCCAGGAUGCAGAAAAUGAUGUAAAAGUGAAGAAAAGGAAUAAAUAUUCGGUUGGCAUUGGGCCAGCUCGGUUCCAACUGCAAUACAUGGGCCAUUAUUUGAUACGAGAUGAGAGAAAAGACCCAGAUCCCAGGGUCCAGGAUUUUAUUCCCGACACAUGGCAGCGAGAGCUCCUUGAUGUUGUGGAUAAGAAUGAGUCAGCAGUGAUUGUUGCCCCAACGUCCUCAGGCAAAACCUAUGCCUCCUACUACUGUAUGGAGAAAGUGCUGAAGGAGAGUGACGACGGGGUGGUCGUGUACGUUGCACCCACAAAGGCCCUUGUUAAUCAAGUGGCAGCAACUGUUCAGAAUCGUUUUACGAAAAAUCUGCCAAGUGGUGAAGCUCUCUGUGGUGUUUUCACCAGGGAGUAUCGUCAUGACGCCUUAAACUGUCAGGUACUUAUUACAGUGCCUGCCUGCUUUGAAAUUCUGCUGCUUGCUCCUCAUCGCCAAAACUGGGUGAAAAAGAUCAGAUACGUUAUAUUUGAUGAGGUUCAUUGUCUUGGUGGAGAAAUCGGAGCAGAAAUCUGGGAACAUCUCCUUGUCAUGAUCCGAUGUCCCUUUUUGGCUCUUUCAGCUACCAUAAGUAAUCCUGAACAUCUCACCGAGUGGCUACAGUCGGUAAAAUGGUACUGGAAACAAGAAGACAAAAUAAUUGAAAAUAAAACCGCUUCUAAAAGACAUGUGGGCCGUCAUGCUGGCUUUCCCAAAGACUACUUGCAAGUAAAACAAUCAUAUAAAGUUAGACUUGUGCUCUAUGGAGAGAGGUACAAUGAUCUAGAGAAGCAUGUAUGUUCAAUAAAACAUGGUGACAUUCAUUUUGAUCAUUUUCACCCAUGUGCUGCACUAACGACAGAUCAUAUUGAAAGCUAUGGAUUCCCUCCUGAUCUUAUCCUUUCACCUCGAGAAAGCAUCCAGCUAUAUGAUGCCAUGUUUCAAAUUUGGAAAAGUUGGCCCCGGGCCCAGGAACUGUGCCCAGAAAACUUCAUUCAUUUUAACAAUAAAUUAGUCAUUAAAAAGAUGGAUGCUAGAAAAUAUGAAGAGAGUCUAAAGGCAGAAUUAACAAGUUGGAUUAAAAAUGGCAACAUAGAGCAGGCCAGAAUGGUACUUCAGAAUCUUAGUCCUGAAGCAGAUUUGAGUCCAGAAAACAUGAUCACCAUGUUUCCACUUCUAGUUGAAAAACUAAGGAAAAUGGAGAAGUUACCUGCACUAUUUUUUUUAUUCAAGUUAGGAGCUGUAGAAAAUGCAGCUAAAAGUGUGAGCACCUUCCUAAAGAAAAAGCAGGAGACAAAAAGGCCUCCCAAAGCUGAUAAAGAAGCCCAUGUCAUGGCUAACAAACUUCGAAAAGUGAAAAAAUCCAUAGAGAAACAAAAGAUCAUAGAUGAAAAGAGCCAGAAAAAAAACAGAAAUGUGGAUCAAAGCCUAAUACAUGAAGCUGAACAUGAUAAUCUAGUGAAGUGUCUAGAGAAGAACCUGGAAAUCCCACAGGACUGCACAUAUGCUGAUGAAAAAGCAGUGGACACCGAGACUUUGCAGAAGGUAUUUGGUCGAGUAAAAUUUGAAAGAAAAGGUGAAGAAUUGAAAGCCUUGGCAGAAAGGGGUAUUGGAUAUCAUCACAGUGCUAUGAGUUUCAAAGAAAAACAAUUAGUUGAAAUCCUCUUUAGAAAAGGAUUUCUUAGGGUGGUGACGGCUACUGGAACACUUGCUUUAGGUGUCAACAUGCCUUGUAAAUCUGUGGUUUUUGCUCAAAACUCAGUCUAUCUGGAUGCGUUGAAUUAUAGACAGAUGUCUGGCCGUGCUGGAAGAAGAGGUCAAGACCUGAUGGGAGAUGUGUAUUUCUUUGAUAUUCCAUUCCCCAAAAUAGGAAAACUCAUAAAAUCCAAUGUUCCUGAGCUGAGAGGGCAGUUCCCUCUCAGCAUAACCCUGGUCCUGCGACUCAUGCUGCUGGCUUCCAAGGGAGAUGACCCAGAGGAUGCCAAGGCAAAGGUGCUAUCAGUGCUAAAGCAUUCUUUGCUGUCCUUCAAGCAACCCAGAGUCAUGGACAUGUUAAAACUUUACUUCCUGUUUUCUUUGCAGUUCCUGGUGAAAGAGGGCUAUUUAGAUCAAGAAGGUAAUCCUAUGGGGUUUGCUGGACUUGUAUCACAUUUGCAUUACCAUGAACCUUCUAAUCUUGUUUUUGUCAGUUUCCUUGUAAAUGGCCUUUUCCAUGAUCUCUGUCAGCCAACCAGGAAAGGCUCAAAACAUUUUUCUCAAGAUGUUAUGGAAAAGCUAGUAUUAGUAUUGGCACAUCUCUUUGGAAGAAGAUAUUUUCCACCAAAGUUCCAAGAUGCACACUUCGAGUUUUAUCAAUCAAAGGUGUUCCUUGAUGAUCUCCCUGAGGAUUUCAGUGAUGCUUUAGAUGAAUAUAACAUGAAAAUUAUGGAGGACUUUACCACUUUCCUACGAAUUGUUUCCAAACUGGCUGAUAUGAAUCAGGAAUAUCAACUCCCAUUGUCAAAAAUCAAAUUCACAGGUAAAGAAUGUGAAGACUCUCAACUCGUAUGUCAUUUGAUGAGCUGCAAAGAAGGAAGAGUAGCAAUUUCACCAUUUGUUUGUCUGUCUGGGAACUUUGAUGAUGAUUUGCUUCAACUGGAGACUCCAAACCAUGUUACUCUAGGCACAAUCGGUGUCAAUCGCUCUCAGGCUCCAGUGCUGUUGUCACAGAAAUUUGAUAAUCGAGGAAGGAAAAUGCCGCUUAAUGCCUAUGCACUGGAUUUCUACAAACAUGGUUCCUUGCUAGGAUUAGUCCAGGAUAACAGGAUGAAUGAAGGAGAUGCUUAUUAUUUAUUGAAGGAUUUUGCACUCACCAUUAAAUCUAUCAGUGUGGCCCAAAUGUACAAGUUUACAGUGAUGUACAGUAAUGACCUAGACCUUCAUAUUCACUCACGACUCACUCUUGAACUUACCAAGAACAACAUACAGUGCUGCAAGCUCCAUUCACAGGAAGAAAUGUAACCAUGCAUAAGAAAACAAGAACUAAGGAAGGGCAAGGAAGCCAUCAUCAUGAAUGAGAGGUCUGACAACUGGUGCUGUGAUCUGACAAAACAACCAGCCAGCAUUCCUUCCUGGCUGGAGACCACUGACCACUGAGUGGUUCUGGCCAGUCUACGGAGGAUGUGCAGUGAGGGUUUUCUGUCACCUUUCAGUGUCGGAGGGCUGAAAAUUCCACCCUCGCAAUAUGCUAACACCACCGUGUUUUGAACAUGGGUCCCGUGGACAGUAUACGUGAUUUCAGAAGAAAGAGAAACUGUUUGAUGUAAAAAUCAGGAAAAAAUGAAAACCAGAAGAUAAGCAAGUGAGCUGACCUUGGAGAUGAUCCUGCAGCUGUCCACAGUAAGGGCUGAUUCUCUGAUGAGGCCAACUGGAAUCCAGGUGCUGAUCCAGCCUGCAUUGCUCAGAUCACACAGUUGCUACCUGUAUUCAUCAUCAGACUGGACAUCACAACACAUAUACCCUCAAAAGCUGGGCAUGUGGUAAAGCAUUCUAUGUUUCUGAUGCCAAGGUUACCACUGCUUGCCAAUCUUGUCACUUUCAUCAAAGGUUGACUUGCUUUUUUCCUGGCAAAGGAAGUCACAAUUCAUAGGAUAUUUCCCCUGCAGUUCUGGCAGAUGGAUUGCAUCAGACUUUGAUCACCUCACAGACUUCUGUAGGUCCUCACAAAUGAUAACACUUUUUCAAGUUACAAUAUUGCUGUUUCAGUUCAGUCAGCUGACUUCCGCCACAUCACUGUGGCCCAUGAAAAUAAUCUGUGCCAUGUUUUUGGCUUUCUAGACUACUUGAAGUCUGAUCAUCAUGCAGUUUUAUUAAAAGUGCCACUCAAGGCUGGGCAUGGUGGCUCAUGCCUGUAAUCCCAGCACUUUGGGAGGCCCAGGCAGGUGGAUCAUCUGAGGUCAGGAGUUCAAGACCAGCCUGACCAACAUGGUGAAACCCCAUCCCUACUAAAAAUACAAAAAUUAGCUGGGCGUGGUGGCAUGCACCUGUAAUCCCAGCUACUCGGGAGGCUGCGUGAACCUGGGAGGUAGAGGUUGCAGUGAGCCAAGAUCAUGCCACUGCACUCCAGCCUGGGUGACACAGCAAGACUCUGUCUCAAAGAAAAAAAAAAGCCACUCAACAAUAGACUAAGAGUCAAGGUAUUUGAUGAUCUCCACCAUCCCUAGGCUUCUGGUAUUGCUGCAAAUUGAUCAGCUCAGUAAGUCUUCUGACUCUAUCUUCUUGACCUUCGUCUGGCCUACUUAGCUUAGUAGGGAAGUUUGGUCCCUGAAUUUAAUGGUUCCUGGAAAAUAUUAACCUCCUUUCAAUUUCUUGGAAAAUGACCAUGAUGGAGGAAGAGGGUCAUGUAAACAUAUUUGUAAAAUUUGCGAUUUCACUCUUACCUUUUCUAAGUAUGAUGCUUCUUUCUUUCUCUUAAUACUGAAAGGAUAAUUUAGUGGGUAGGGUGUUAGCAAAACUUUGCAAAACUUACAACUGAGGCAAUUCCAGUGAAAGAGAGCUGGCCUAACUGACUCCAUCUUGCUUCUAACCUCCAAGAUGUACUUGUUCAUUCCUGGUCAUAGGCUGAACUAACUUUGGGAGAACUUAGGUUAUAGUUUAACUUUGAAACAAAGACGGUAACAGCCCUUUUCUAAAACAAAUCCCCUAGGCUGCCUUUGCAAGACUAACAAAUUAUCUACAAGAUUAGAAAUGAUGGGUUAGGAAUCUUGCAGCUGGAGGCUGUGACAUUCUGAACCUCCCUGAAUUAUUCCUAAGGAAAACAUCAGUGUUAUACACUUGAUCUUAGCCAAAAGGCCGGGAAGUAAUUCCACAUCAGUAUUGUAAAACCUAGGCUCAGUGCUUGAGAUAUUUUGCAGACCCUGUGCUCAGUGGAUUAGCUGGCAACACCCAGGUUGAUAAGCUGGCUCAUCUGGUCUUGUGGCCCCCACCCAGCAACUGACUCAGUGGAGGAGGACAGCUUUGACUCCCUAUGAUUUCAUUUCUGAAGCAGCCCAUCAGCACUCCACACUUUCUGACCCCCUUCCCACUAAAUUAUCCUUAAAAACCCCCAAGUUUUUGGAGAGACUGAUUUGAGUGAUAAUAGGACUCCUGUCUCCUAUACAGCUGGCUCUAUGUUAAUUAAACUCUAUUUAUAUUCCCCUGUCUUGAUAAACCAGCUCUGUCUUGUCAGUGGGCAAGGAGAAACCACUGGGCGGUUACAAUACCAACCUCAGGGUGUCCUGGUUGGUCUAUUCUCUGGGUAGCAGCCUAAUCAAAAGUGGACAUAGGAAUUCAAACUCAAUUCUGGUUCAGUCACUUGGAUUCUCUCUAGAAUCUCAUCAUCCCAGAUCAUAAGGAUAAGGAUCAUUGUUUUGGGUACACUAUGUGUGGGACAUAAUAGCUUUCUGGAAAUUAUGUACAAAUGGCUUUGUCCUUCUUGUACCUGACCAUUCCAUAUUAGGUGUAAGUUGGAAAUGGUAGAAAAAAACUGAUGUUACACCUACCAGCAUGGAACAGGUCAAUUUUCUAGUGGUAGAGUAAGAACAACUGGGCGCAGUGGCUCAUGCCUGUAAUCCCAGUACUUUGGGAGGCCAAGGCGGGUGGAUCACCUGAGGUCAGGAGUGCGAGACCAGCAUGGCCAACAUGGCAAAUCCCUAUCUCUACUAAAAAUACAAAAAUUAGCUGGGCAUGGUGGCACGGUCCUGUAAUCUCAGCUACUUGGGAGGCUGAUGCAAGAGAAUUGCUUGAACCCGGGAGGCAGAGGUUGCAGUGAGCUGAGAUCAUGCCAGUGCGCUCCAGCCUGGGUGACAGAGCGAGACUUUGUCUCAAAGAAAGAAAAGGAAA